CGUGCGUGCGUGUUGCCCCCCCGAGCUAAACCAGCAAGGCAGCCGCCCUUUAGCAAGUUAGCAUAAACGACCUAUCCUUUCAGGAGAAGACGUGGAUGGAUUCAAUACCUGUCCUGACUGGCUAACAAGCUGUGAGGUAGCUUUGGAGGACCCAUCUGGGUGGGAAAUUGUUUUAAAGCUGCCUCUCCCGGAGACCAUACUCUUCAUAGUCUCGUCAAAAUGUCAGCUUUUUCUGAGGCGGCUUUAGAAAAGAAACUAUCAGAGCUGAGCAACUCACAGCAGAGUGUGCAGACUUUGUCAUUGUGGCUCAUUCAUCAUAGAAAACACUCGAAGACCAUUGUCAAUGUUUGGUUCAACGAACUAAAAAAAGCUCAGGUAUCCCGCAAGCUGACCUUCCUUUAUUUGGCCAAUGACGUCAUUCAGAACAGCAAGAAGAAAGGACCAGAGUUCACCCAGGACUUUGCACCCAUCAUCGUUGAUGCAUUCAAACAUGUAUACAGAGACGGUGAGGAGGGAUGUAAGAAACAGUUGGGUCGGGUUUUGUCCAUCUGGCAGGAGAGAGCGGUGUACGAGAACAACCUGCUGGAUCGACUCUCACAAGUCCUGGAUGGAGAAAAGAAGUCAAGAAAAAGAUCAUACGAGGCGAUCCAACCAGAUGAUGAGGACUUCGCUACCCAGAGCUCCCCAGCUGAGCCCCCACAGACGGCAGAUUUAAUCCGAGCCCUGCAGGAGCUGGAAAAUGCAGCCUCUGGAGAUUCAGUCCUACGUCAGCGCAUCUCCUCCCUUCCUGCUGAGGUGCAAGACACGUCACUGCUUCAAAGGAUUGCAGAUAAGGAAUCAGGAGAGCGGCUCUCCCGGCUGGUGGAGGAGGCAUGCAUGCUGCUAGCAGACUACAGUGGACGCCUGGCGGCAGAGAUCGAUGAUCGGAGGCAGCUCACGCGCACACUGACGGUGUUCCUGCAGAGCCAGAAGGACGGCCUGGUCCAGAACGAGCAGAAACUAGAAGAAUACAAACGCAAAUUGGCGAGGGUGACCCAGGUUCGAAAGGAGCUGCGUUCGCGUCUGAAUAAUCUUCCAGGAGGAAUCUACAACUCUUCAAACUGACUUUGGUUUCCCCUCCUGACCUGACCAUCCUGCUACUAAAACAUCUCUGCCUAAUCAGUGAUAUCGCCACAGUCCUCUGUUCUUCAUUUUGCAAAGUGUCUGCGUCCCCCUGUGUGGUGACCUGUGAUUCUUGUCCUGUUUUCAACAGAUUAUUUAUUCACAUGCUGUUUUUUUAACAGGACUCCCUUAUGUUUCUUUCUGUGAGGUCUUCUCUUUGUUCUGUUUAUCCCCAGUAUAUUAUACAAGGAUUUCCAAUAUUCAGACACAGGCCUCUCAAGCUUUGGCCCUCACUCUUCUAACUUUCACAUCUUUAAAGUUGUAUGGAUGAUGCUGGUGUGAUAUUUUUGUAUUUAUUGGGACUUAAGAUAAUACACCAGAAUGUUUCCCCUUAGUUUGAUCAUCUAUAACACUUUCCAGUGUUUUGGGCUGCUACCAAAACUAUAUCUUACAAUUUCUGCAUCUGUCUGAGUCUUGAUUCUAGAUCUUUAGAUGGUUAAUUUGCUUAAGUUGGAUUUAUAUUUUUGUGCAGCGUGAAGACCUCUGAAGAGAGGUAUACUUGUGAAACCAUAUUCAGAAGCUUGAUAGUAAGCCAUGACCCUGAGAGCAAAGCAAAACAUGUUAUUAUGACUCUUUGUGAGAGGGGUGUGUAAACGAUUGGUCAGUGUACAUAUUCAAAUUUGCAUGUAAAUAUGAUGAGAGUUUUACCUUCAAGUGCUCAUGAUUUGUAUCCAUGUCAUUAUGGCUUGCCAUAUGGUCAUUCAGACAGUUACAGAGGUAUAUCUGUACAUUGAUGUCUUGAUAAUUGUUAAGACCUCCAACAAGCAAAAACUCUGAGUAAAGGAGUCUGUUUUGUUUACUGUA